UUUUUUUUUUUUUUUUUUGCUCACCACACCCACUUAUUAUAUCUACCCCUCCUCCCCUUGUCACACAAUUUCUCAGAUCAAAUUCAAAACAUAAAAACUUGUUUGCGUUUGAUCUUGUAAAAAAAAAAAAAACCAACUAUGAUAAUUAACAUCCGAGAUUCCACCAUGGUCCGGCCUGCCGCCGAGACCCCAAUCACUAACCUUUGGAACUCCAACGUUGACCUCAUCAUCCCUAGGUUUCACACCCCUAGUGUCUACUUCUACAGACCCACCGGCGCCUCCAAUUUCUUUGACCCUCAGCUCCUCAAGGACGCUCUUUCCAAGGCCCUCGUCCCCUUUUACCCCAUGGCUGGUCGCUUGAAGAGAGACGAUGAUGGUCGUAUCGAGCUCGAUUGCAACGCCGCCGGUGUCCUCUUCGUCGUCGCCGAUACUCCCUCUGUCAUCGACGAUUUUGGCGACUUUGCUCCCACCCUCACUCUCCGCCAGCUUAUUCCCCAAGUUGAUUACUCCGCCGGCGUCCACACUUUCCCGCUCCUCGUCUUGCAGGUGACCUUCUUUAAAUGUGGGGGAGCUUCCCUUGGGGUUGGCAUGCAACAUCACGUGGCUGAUGGUUUCUCUGGUCUCCAUUUUAUCAAUACAUGGUCUGAUAUGGCCCGUGGUCUUGACCUUACCAUUCCACCCUUCAUUGACCGUACCCUCCUCCGCGCUAGGGACCCCCCUCAGCCUGCUUUUCAUCAUGUCGAAUAUCAGCCUGCCCCCAGUAUGAGGAUCCCGUCCAAACCAGGCUCCCCUGAUGAUGCUACCGUCUCUAUUUUCAAAUUAUCACGCGACCAGCUUGUUGCUCUCAAGGCCAAAUCCAAGGAGGAUGGGAACACCAUAAGCUACAGCUCAUACGAGAUGUUGGCUGGCCACGUCUGGAGAUCAGUGGGCAAGGCGCGCGGACUUCCAGACGACCAAGAGACCAAGCUGUACGUUGCAGUUGAUGGAAGGUCCAGACUUCGCCCGCAGCUGCCCCCUGGUUACUUUGGCAAUGUGAUAUUCACUGCCACACCAUUGACCGUUGCAGGGGAUCUUCUAUCAAAGCCAACAUGGUUUGCUGCAGGGAUGAUUCAUGAUGUUAUAGCUCGCAUGGACGAUAACUAUCUGAGGUCUGCUCUUGACUACCUUGAGAUGCAGCCUGAUCUGUCAGCACUUGUCCGAGGUGCACAUACCUACAAAUGCCCAAAUUUGGGAAUCACAAGCUGGGCCAGAUUACCCAUCUAUGAUGCAGACUUUGGUUGGGGUCGUCCCAUAUUUAUGGGACCUGGUGGAAUUCCAUACGAGGGUUUGUCUUUUGUGCUACCAAGUCCUACAAAUGAUGGCAGCUUAUCCGUGGCCAUUGCCCUCCAAUCUGAACACAUGAAACUGUUUGAGAAGUUUUUGUACGAGAUAUGAGAGAGAUAAGCCGCUGAAGAAAAUGCCCUCGUUUUCCCCCACUUAGGAAACUCCUGAGCUAAAUUGGGCAUUUGCUUCUUGUCGCAAUUCAUUAUCCUGUGUUUUAGAGGGUACAAGAAGUUUAUGGUCUGUAACAUUUGGACUAUCUCAUAUAGGAACUUUUGCUUUAUGUUAAUACAGAUGAUAAGUGUCAAACACAUGCCGUGAUUGUUUGGUGUCUGAUUGGUUAUGCCCAUGUUUAAUCCAUGAUGCUGUCUUCUAUUCAGUUUUCCUGCAA